AUGGCAGAGGUCACAGAAUCCUCAAACAAACAAUUUGAUGGUUUGAUGCACAUGUAUGUGUAUGUCAUAACAUUUGAUCUUCCAACAUUUGCAAUUGUUUGUAUCAUAAUCACAAUGUUACUCUUCAUAUUCCAUCAAAUUUUCCAAGGUUUAUUCUAUUGGCUCAUAGAAAUGAGACCUAUCAACAUUGACCAUGACAUUGAACAAGGAACUCGUGAUCUAGCUUAUAAUAACGACGACGGACAUGUUUCUCGUCGACGAGUUACCGUCUUUCAUGCUGUAGUUUUCAGCAAUUUUCAGGCAUGGACAAUGGUGGCUUCAAUUGAUGAAAAAAGAGGACAAAAACUUAGAGCUUCUAAGAAAUUGCCACCUUUGAUGAGCUAUGGAGUUGGAAGAAAUGAUGAUGAGUUAAGAAGAAGUUGCAAUGAAUGUGCCAUUUGUUUGGAAGAUUUUCAAGAGAGGCAAUUGUGUCAAGUUUUUCCUGUUUGCAAGCACAUUUUUCAUUCAGAUUGUAGUGAUCAUUGGUUGCAGAAGAAAUCAACUUGCCCAAUAUGUCGUAAUUGUAUAGAUUAA